AUGGUAAAAUGGCGUACUGUAGCACUAUUUCAGCUGUGUUUCUAGCUUCUUUUCCCUCUCUCAAACUCUCGAUUUGUCCCUCUUUCUAUUGUUUUAAAAUAGCGUGCGCUCAAACCCUCAGAAAAAGAAAAAAAUAAAUAAAAAUUCACGAAUACUUUUACCGUACCCCUCAUCAAAGGCGCACACAAAUUUUCUCCCGUGUCUCACAACGCGCGUUGAUUUUUCAAAAAAACGAAGCGGUGUUUGCACAAAAAGAAACAUUUAAUGUGACGCCAAAUUUUCAGUGAUUUCGUUUUUUAUAAGGGGAGGAUUGGACCCGGUUUUCUGAAGUAAGUUUAGGGGUUUUCAGGGAAUUUUUAUGAAAAAGUGUUUUAAUAAAUUAUUAAUAAUUGAAUUAUGAAGGAUUUUUUUUCAAAAAUUACCGGAAUUCCAUCAUUUUUGAUCGAGUUUCAGAGGGAAAACUAAUUCUUUAAUUUUCCACGUCACAGGUGAAUCCACCGUCUUUAAAUUUUUAGUGUAAUAUUAAAUUACUAUGAAAAGUUCCCCUUACGUUGAAGACAUUGAGGCAAAUGCGCCCCAUUGUCAAACAUCAGCUGGUGUUUAUUUUCCCCCCAUUUUUCACAUGAGCAAUGCUUUUUUGUUGUUUUUCAGAUGAUAAACGUUGUAAAGCUCUACAAAGAGAUACAAUCAAUCGAUAGUGAGUUACGCGAACUUGCCGAAAAUCUUCAAAUCGUCCGGAAUUUCAAAGAAGAUUCGCUAGAAAUCUGCAAAAUUCCGGGAUUUUCGGGAAAACUUGGCGCCAAAAUCGAUGGCGUAUUUCAAAAUCAAGUUGAAAAAAUGGAGGAGAAGAAGAUCGAGUUAGCCGAAGUUAUGAGGAAAUUUGUAUUGCUCAUGGGAAACGAGCCGAAAUCUGCAACAUUUUCCGAGGAUUUGGAGAUAAUUAUCGAUUUUUUGAGGAAUCUACGGACUUAUUUAGACGGCAUUGAUUAUAUAAAUAUGAAGGCUCGAUUUCCAGAACUUAGCCUAACUUCGGAACAAUCAAUAAAUAGGAUAAAUAUUGAUUUAACUUUGGAAUAA